AUGCAGUUGGCGACGAAUAUUCUAACUUGGGCAGAGCACACCCUCCUCUCGCUGACGGCGAGGCAUAUCAAGGGCAGCCUGAACGAGUUGGCAGAUUCGCUCAGCAGGACAGAGCUGCACAGGUCAGAGUGGUCUCUGAACGCAGGGACGUUCGCAUGGAUCACCAGCUUGUGGGGCUGUCCCGAGGUAGACCUCUUCGCAACAGCAAACAACAAGCAGGUGGAACAAUUUUUUUUCGCUCUCCAGGGACGACGGAGCCCUAGGGGUGGACGCUUUGGUGCACCCCUGGAGCUUCAGUCUAGGGUACGCAUUUCCCCCACUGCAGUUAAUCCCGAAUGUGCUUCGGAAGCUCAGGGGCGAACGGAUGGCGUUAAUUCUCAUAGCGCCAUGUUGGCAGAAGCGGCCGUGGUUCACGACCCUCCUGGAGUUAUGUGUGGCAGGGCCUCUGCUCCUUCCGCCAGCGGCGGAUUUAUUGAUGCAGGGCCCGGUGAGCCACCCGCAGGUGCAAGCUUUAAAUUUAGCAGCAUGGCUACUGAAAGGGAGGUGUUAAUCAGCAAAGGGUUAUCCGCACGGGUGGUGACUACACUGCUGCACAGCAGAAAGCCGGUGACCUCUGCGAUCUACCUGAAGGUGUGGAAAGUGUUUUCCAGCUGGUACUACAGGCAGGGUAGGCCUGCGGUGGCCACAGUGCCAUUGGUGUUGGAUUUCCUGCAGGUCGGUUUGGAUAAAGGGCUUUCCUGUAGUACUCUGAAAGUGCAGGUUUCUGCCCUGUCUAAUUUUGUGGACAUUCGAUUGGCGGAGGAGCCUCUCAUCAGACGAUUUAUCCGAGCAGUAGGCAGAAUGAGACCCCCGAAGAGUAAGGGGGUGCCAAACUGGGAUCUCUCGGUGGUGCUGCAAGGGUUUCUCAAACAGCCUUUUGAGCCCCUGGAGGGGUGUUCCAUCCAGCAACUGACGUUGAAGACGGCCCUAUUGGUGGCGUUGGUUUCCGCACGUAGGGUGAGCGAAAUUCAGGCAUUUUCUAUUACCGACCCCUACUGCACCAUCCUGGCAGAUCGGAUUAUUUUGCGACCAGACCCGGCGUUCUUGCCGAAGGUGGUUUCCACCUUCCACAGGACUCAGGAGGUGGUCAUUCCGUCGUUUGCCACUAACCCGGCCUCUGCUAGAGAACGGGAGUGGCAGGGUAUUGAUGUUCGAAGGUGUGUCUUGGAGUACCUCCAAGAAAAUGAGAAAUCGCCAAGCCAAAACCGGAAAGCCAAAGAUGCUACAUCAGAUAGCGGAAAAGAUGGCCUUGCAUACUCUGCCCUACUCAAGAAUGAACUCUUAGGAGCUGGAAUUGAGAAGGUUCAGGAUCCCCAAACUGAAGAUCGUCGCUUGCAGCCUUCUACACCAGAGAAGAAGAGCCUUUUUACAUAUUCCUUAAGUUCCAAGAGAUCCAGUCCCGAUGAUGGAAAUGAUGUGUCUCCUUAUUCUUUGUCACCUGUGAGCAACAAAAGUCAAAAGCUAUUGCGUUCUCCACGAAAGCCAACCCGCAAGAUUUCUAAAAUUCCAUUCAAGGUGCUUGAUGCCCCUGAACUGCAAGAUGAUUUCUACCUCAAUCUAGUUGACUGGUCAUCUCUUAAUGUUCUAAGUGUAGGAUUGGGAACCUGCGUGUAUCUGUGGAGUGCAUGCACGAGCCAAGUGACAAGACUAUGCGAUUUAUCUGUAGAAGGGGACUCUGUGACAUCAGUGGGUUGGUCUGAGAGGGGAAAUUUGGUGGCUGUAGGUACACACAAAGGUUUUGUGCAGAUUUGGGAUGCAUCAGCAGGGAAGAAACUGUCCACAUUAGAGGGACACACAGCUAGAGUUGGGGCACUAGCUUGGAAUGCAGAUCAGCUUUCCUCUGGAAGUAGGGACCGUAUGAUUCUACAGAGAGAUAUUCGUACUCCACCUGUGCAAUCUGAAAGACGGUUACAGGGUCACAGGCAGGAAGUGUGUGGCCUCAAAUGGUCCACUGAUCAUCAAUUGCUUGCAUCUGGAGGAAAUGACAACAAGCUCCUGGUAUGGAAUCAUUCAAGCUUGACACCUGUCCAACAGUACACAGAGCACCUUGCUGCAGUGAAGGCAAUUGCCUGGUCUCCUCACCAACAUGGUCUUCUCGCGUCAGGAGGAGGAACUGCUGACCGUUGUAUCAGAUUCUGGAAUACACUUACUGGUCAGCCUCUCCAGUGCAUUGACACGGGAUCUCAAGUUUGCAACCUGGCCUGGUCAAAGCAUGCCAAUGAACUUGUGAGCACUCAUGGCUAUUCUCAGAACCAGAUACUUGUAUGGAAAUACCCAUCUUUAACACAAGUUGCAAAACUAACUGGACAUUCCUACAGAGUUCUUUAUCUUGCCAUGUCCCCAGAUGGUGAAGCCAUUGUUACAGGUGCCGGAGAUGAAACAUUAAGGUUCUGGAAUGUUUUUAGCAAAACAAGAUCAACAAAGGAAUCUGUCUCCGUUCUCAAUUUGUUUACCAGGAUACGAUAAACCAUCCUUUUCAUCAGUGUUCUGAGCCACUGGUUUCUGAAUCCAGUUCUGCGUUCCAACCAAGAAAACAGACUGUUUACUGUGCAGAGCUGAGAUUCAACACAAGACUAAUAAAGAUGAGGAAAAAUACACAGCAUUAUAUCUAUAUACAUUAUUCAAAGAGUGGUAAUGAAACCACUGUUUCCCAUAUACUGGAGGAGGAUAAUAGCAACCCUACUGACUGUGUUCUGUAGAGAUGUGUUUAAAUGUGCAUAUUGAAAGCAAUCAUGUACGUCUUCUAAUUUCAGAUUAACACCUUACAAAAAUAAUUUGCCAUAUUUUUAGCUGACAGAAAGUUAAAGCAGAGACGCCACCAUGCCAAAAUGUUUUGGGACCAUACUCUGUUGUGUAUAGAUGGAAAAUACCCAUACUGAUUUGUCUUGCUUGCAUGCAAUGGGGUUCACACAAUAUAAGUACUUCACUAGUACAGCUAUACGUGCAUAUUCUCACCCUAGAUUUUUAUUUUGUGAAUAUUUCUGUAGUGCUCAUACUGAGGAUUGGCGGGUGGGUGGGGAUAGUAUAGGGAUUUGUGUGAAUGUUUAAAUGAACGUUUGGUUUUUCUCAUUGUUACAAAAUGUUUAAUUCUAUGCAGUUUCUAAUUCUUUUUAUGGUUGAUGCUCUGUAUUUUAAUGUUAAUUUAAUGUUCUGUUUUGGAUCAUUCAGAAAAGUCGCCUGGCCUUGUCCUCCUUUUUUGUUGCAGUGUUUUGCACAACAGAGGCAUUGUUGGGAAGGAGAACGUGGAAUUGCU